AUGGACCGCAUCAAGGAGAAAAUGAACCAGCUCCGUUUGGAGGCUGAGGAAUCGUCCAGCAAGGUCGAGGAGCUCCAGGCCAAGGUCAAGGCGCUCGAGCAGGACAACCUUGCAAAGGAACAGGAGAUUACUUCCCUUUCGCACCGCAACAGCGUGCUCGAGUCUGAGGUAGAGAAACUGGAGACCCAAGUCAAGGAUCUCAAGUCAUCGGCCACCGAAGGCCAGGCGCACGGAACUCAGAACGAAGCGCUGACUCGAAGGCUCCAACUCCUCGAGGAAGAGGCCGAGGAAGCCGACAGGACUUUACGCGAGGCCAACGAGAAGCUCCGGCAGACCGACGUCAAGGCUGGACAUUUUGAGCGGAAGGUUCAGGCCCUCGAGCAGGACCGCGAUCAGUGGGAGCAAAAGUACGAGGAGAUGGCCAAGAAGCACGCCACCGUGCAAAAGGAGCUGGAAGACUUCCAGAACGAGAUCAGCACCAUCUAA